AUGGCGAUUAGAAUUACUUUCACUUAUUCCACUCAUGUUGCUCGGAAUCUCGUCGGGAUCCGUCCCGGCGGUGAUCUCCGAUGCUGCUUUGAGUCCUUUGUUCGUCCUAGAUUCUUCACCCACAAGCGUGAUUUUGAUAAAUCUUCUCGGUAUCGACCUCCAUCGAUGUAUGGUAGCAUCGCGAAGGAGCUCAUCGGAGAAGGAAGUCAAAACCCGCUUGUCAUGGGUUUGAUCUCGAUCUUGAGGUCAACGUCGGUUCCUGAAUCGUCAACGACGAUGAAUGUUUUGGGGGUUUCAUCUUUCAAGGCUUCUUCUAUUAUUCCGUUUCUUCAAGGAUCGAAAUGGAUGAAGAAUCCGCCGGAAGUUGAUGAUGUGGACAAAGGAGGAACGUUGUGUGAUGAUGAUGAUGAUAAGGAAUCGAGGAGUGGAGGAAGUGGAUGGGUUAAUAAGCUUUUGAAUAUUUGUUCUGAGGAUGCAAAGGCUGCUUUCACGGCGGUUACUGUCUCUAUCCUUUUCCGAUCGGCUCUUGCGGAGCCAAAGUCUAUUCCUUCAACGUCUAUGUACCCUACCUUGGAUGUCGGUGAUCGCGUUAUGGCGGAGAAGGUCUCGUACUUUUUCAGGAAGCCAGAGGUUUCAGAUAUAGUGAUCUUCAAGGCUCCUCCAAUCUUGCUGGAUUAUGAUUACAGUUCCAAUGAUGUAUUCAUAAAGAGGAUAGUGGCAAGUGAAGGUAACUGGGUUGAAGUUCGUGAUGGGAAGCUCUUGGUGAAUGACAUUGUGCAAGAAGAAGAUUUUGUCUUAGAGCCAAUGUCAUAUGAAAUGGAACCAAUGUUUGUCCCCAAAGGUUAUGUCUUUGUCCUUGGUGACAACCGCAACAAAAGCUUUGACUCUCAUAACUGGGGUCCACUUCCAAUAGAGAACAUCGUUGGAAGAUCUGUGUUCCGGUACUGGCCACCGAGCAAAGUAUCAGACACCAUAUACCACGACCAAGCUAUCCCAAAGGGACCUGUUGCAGUUUCAUGACAAAAUAAAGUUGGAUGCUUAUUAGGAUUAAAGCACAAGAUUGUGCAAAACCAGUCUGGUCAGAACUGGGCAGGCUUGGAAUUGUAACUCGGAAAGUUAUGAUAUCUGCGGAUACAUACUGUAUCGACAUCUGGUUCUUAGCUGAUGGUGGGGAAGCCGGAGAUGUUAUGUGUACAAAAGGAAUGGAAGAUGCAAAGAAAAGAAAAGGAUUUACUGUGAUUGUUGGUAAACAAAAGUGUAAUUUUUUGUUUUGUUUUGAGUUUCUAUUAUUAAAGAAUCGUGUAAACCUCCUUUUGUGUUGUUGUAUGAAACUUGGGAUAUUGUUAUAUUAAUGUUUUGGCAACUCAAUUA